AUGGCGGAAAUGCAGAAUUCCAACCCCACGAUUCUCAAUGUGGCCGAUCUCCCCACAAGGUCCCGGGCUGCAGAGAAGACCUCCGGGAACUAUGGGAGUGGCAUCUUCGCCGCAGUCCCCAACCCGUCGGACUUUCUCUCGUCAGACUCCGAGGGCGACGAGGACUUGCUGGAGGAGCCGAUUGAUGAGCAGGAGAUCUAUGAUCUGAUCAAGUCCAUCUCGGAUCCCGAACACCCCCUCUCACUGGGAGAACUAGCCGUGGUAUCUCUCCCCGAUAUCUCAAUCACGCCCACCCUUCCCAACGUGCCGGAAUCACCCCUCCAGACAGUCACCAUCCUGAUCACCCCCACCAUCACGCAUUGCAGUCUCGCCACCGUCAUCGGCCUCGGGGUACGAGUGCGGCUCGAGCAAUCCCUCCCUCCCCGAUUCCGUGUAGACGUGCGGAUUAAGGAAGGAACCCACAGCACCGGCGAUGAGGUCAACAAACAACUAGGAGACAAGGAGCGAGUGGCGGCUGCCUUGGAGAACGGAGCGCUGAUGCAGGUCAUCGCCAAGAUGAUGGAAACUUGCCAAUGA